GUCGUGGGAGACAUUGAAAGGAAUUGGAAGCAAAAUGUCGAUCAUGGGCUUAAAGAAGAAACAACCCAAAACCUUCAAAGUUAAGGUUAUCACCAUGGAUGCAGAGAUGGAAUUUAGCUGUGAGGUGAAAUGGAAAGGGAAGGAUUUAUUUGACUUGGUGUGUCGAACAAUUGGAUUGCGUGAAACCUGGUUCUUCGGCCUGCGAUAUAUUGUAAAAGAUACAUAUGCUUGGCUAAAAAUGGAGAAAAGGGUAUUGGAUCAAGAGGUUCCUAAAGAGGAUCCAAUCACAUUUCAUUUCUUGGCCAAGUUUUACCCUGAAAAAGUAGAAGAAGAACUUGUCCAGGAAAUCACGCAGCACCUCUUCUUUCUGCAGGUUAAGAAGCAGAUUUUGGAUGAGGAGAUUUACUGUUCCCCUGAGGCUUCAGUGUUGUUGGCAUCUUAUGCAGUUCAAGCUAAGUAUGGAGACUAUGAUCCUAAUUUUCAUAAACCUGGUUUCCUAGCUCAGGAUGAACUAUUACCUAAAAGAGUCCUUAAGCAAUAUCAAAUGACAGCAGAUAUGUGGGAAGAAAAAAUAACAGCUUGGUAUGCUGAGCACAGGGGAAUCACCAGAGAUGAAGCUGAAAUGGAAUAUUUGAAGAUUGCACAAGACCUAGAAAUGUAUGGAGUAAACUAUUUCCCAAUCACACAAAACAAAAAGGAUACAGACUUACUGCUUGGAGUUGAUGCACUUGGCCUUCAUAUCUACAUCCCUGAUAACAAACUUUCAUCUAAGAAGUCAUUUGCAUGGAGUGGGAUCAGAAACAUUUCCUACAGUGAGAAAGAGUUUACUAUCAAACCCUUAGACAAAAAGGCAGAGGUUUUCAAAUUCUACUCCUCACAACUCCGAGUGAACAAACUGAUAUUACAGUUGUGUAUUGGAAAUCAUGACCUGUUCAUGAGAAGAAGAAAAGUGGAUUCAAUUGAAGUCCAACAAAUGAAAGCUCAAGCUAGAGAAGAAAAAGCCAGAAAAAAGAUGGAACGCCAAAGAUUGGCCAGAGAAAAAAAGUUGAGGGAGGAGGCUGAACGAGCAAAAGAAGAUCUGGAGAGACGCCUUUACCAGUUACAGGAUGAGUCAAGGCUGGCCAAUGAAGCCCUGAUUCGAUCUGAGGAGACAGCUGAUUUACUCGCUGAGAAGGCACAGAUUGCAGAGGAGGAAGCCAAACUGCUUGCUCAGAAAGCUGCAGAAGCCGAGCAGGAGAGGCAUAGGCUGGAGGUCACAGCUCUGAAGACUAAAGAGGAAAAACGUCUAAUUGAACAGAAGAUGCGAGAAGCUGAGCUGAUAGCUGUCAAGUUAGUGGAGGAUUCAGAGCGGAGAUCCAAGGAAGCAGAACAACUGAAGCAGGAUUUAAAUGAAGCCAGAGAGGCAGAGAGAAGAGCCAAGCACAGACUGUUGGAGAUUACAAAACCCAGUUAUCCAACGACCACUUCAUAUUCUACUCAUCCACCAGCUGAUGUUGGUGAUCUGAACCUGGAAUCUGGAUCUUUUAAAUUUGACUUCAAAGACACAGAUAUGAAGCGACUGUCUAUGGAGAUAGAACGAGAACGUGUGGAGUACAUGGAGAAAAGCAAACACUUGCAAGAACAGCUGAAGGAGCUAAAGACUGAGAUUGAAGCUCUGAAAUUGGAAGAACGACAUGCUAACAUGGGCAUCUCUACCAACGAAACAAUGAAAUUUGAUGAAAAUACUUACUCACCACUCAGUAAUGCUAAAUAGACAACAUGUUUUUCCAGGAUUAUCUGCGUUCAGACUCCUUGAAACAUGCCCGAGAAUUGUAAAACAUUGAGAAGACUGACUCAGUUUUUAUUCUGAUUAUAUACAUAAUAUAUAAUACUGUGACCAAGAGAUUGCUGAUAUUAAGAAUUUCAUGAGGAUUCAUUUGGGUUGAGUCUCAUAAGUGUGUUGUUCUAAUCUCUUUAUGGAAGUCAAAAGCAAGACUUUGUCAACUCCUGCUGUGCUUUCGUGUAUUGACUUCAAUAGUCCUAACACCUUGCUAAGUUUAUGAUAACCUGUCAGCUGGUUCUAGUUAUUUUUAAUUAAGCCAAAACAUGUUAGCCCAUUAGGUCAUCUUGUAAAUCGUAAUUUUCUUUUGUGAGUUUGUACAAUGUUUCUGUUCUUUGUCCAUUGUUACUUUCACUGUUUGUACCUCACUAUCUUAGGUUUUGUUGAUUCCUUCUGUAUUAGCCUUUGUAUUCAGUUCAUCUCCUGGCUGUAUGCCUUGACACUGAUAGCUUGUAAUGUGUUCAUUGAAGCUUCAGAAUAAAUGUUAGGUAUCAUUUCCCAUAAUGUGGGCUGUGUAAAACAGAGCGGUUGCCUAUUCAAUCGUGUUUGUUUCUUUUCCUUAAAGAGGAUCCUGCAAAGUUUCACGAGGACCCAGAAACUUCAUUGUUUGUCCUAGAGUUUCUGACAGGAUCUAUUCAAAUUUUCGUGCUGCAUCCAUUGGCCAUUUGUUUGCUGAGAUAUGGUUUUUGAAUUUGGCUAAAUGGGAUUUGUUGGUAGCCCUUUAACACCCUUUGACAUCUGCUUUUUCUAGAGGAGUUAGGACUGGAUCAGAAACUGUAUGCACAGGUAUGAUUUUUCAAAAUUACAGAUUUUUGCCCUGCAAAGGGGCCUUUUAAAAAGGAUGCAGAAGGAAAUGUGUAGCAGUGGCCAGUGUCAGAGGGCAAUAAUGCAAUAUGAGCCAGUGUCCACUAGGAAUUAAUCACAGCAGUAAUCAAAAGGAGAUCUCACUGUUUACCAGGAUUGAUGGCUUAUGGACUAAACUCCCUAAAACAAAUUUUCACUUACAAUCACAAAGAAAACAGCUCAUACAUGAAAUACUUGUAAAAGAAUCAUCAAGAAGCUAAAAAAAUGUGACUGCUUUUCACUGGGCUGUCAAUUUCUUUGAUUGCUUCUUUAUCUAAGACUGAUAGUUGUGUUAAAAGGUCAUAUUUGGAAGUAGAGAUAACAAGGUGUAGAGCUGGAUGAACACAGCAGGCCAAGCAGCAUCAGAGGAGCAGGAAA